GCCUUCACGUUGAUUGCACGCGGAGGAGCCGAAGACGAGAGAGAGAAAUGUCGGCACGGCCCGUGGGCCUCUGAACUUUGCUUUUGGGGCGUUUUGGAGUGUUGGGAACCCAGAACCGCGGCAUGGCGGGCACCUGGGUUGCCUGGAUUUUGUCCAUGUGGCUGUGCUUGGUGACGGCGGUGCGACCGGCGUACUCGCACUUCAACCUGUUCAUCAGCCAGCAAGAAGUGAAGAAGCUGAUGGGCCUGAAUGCCGAGCUGUACUACGUGCGCGACGGCGUCAUCAACUCGUACGCCCUCAACUUCGUCGUGCCCAUCCCGGCCAACAUCACCGCCCUCGAGUUCUCGUGGCAGAGCCUCGCCAGACAACCGCUCUCGUACGCGCUGAGGAUUGAGUACAACAACUUUGACGCGCUCAAACCACCGCACAUCGACAUUCCAGCCAAGGGCAUCGUGCCGUCUUCAGUCCAACCCUUCCACAUACAAUUUCAAUGUACCGGCCUAAGGAGUGCUGAGAUUGAGGUGCUCUUCCAGCUGAACGUGACCUCAGCCAACCCACGGCACAACGUCACUCUUCUUAACUUCCGCCGGAAAAAAAUCUGUUUGAAAGCGGAGAUGCAGGCAGCCAUGCGGAAUGAUUCGGUGCACCUGGCCACAGGGUCUUUAAACGGAGGAACCUUCUACGUAGCCGUGGGCAGUGCGUGCGCAAUGAUCGCCCUCAUCGUGGCCUCAGCCUCGCUGCUCUACGUUCGAAGCAAGAAAUCCAGGGCACAAGAGUCACUCCAUACAAGCUACACAACAGCAGCCGCUUACGGCAGCAAUCCAAACGUGUUCAUCAGGCUGGACAGCGCCAACAACCGCACAGGACCUGGCAGCGUGGCCAGUGGCGGCAGUUACGCUACCAUUGCCAGCUUUCAAAAAAUCCCCCUCAGCGCACCCGUACCGUACUACUCGACUCCAGUGCUGGGGGCCAAGCAGCCCACGCCGAUCCACGCGGUGUACGCCGCCCCCAGCAGCCCCGCCUCCAGUGCUCACAUUUAUUGUCGACCCCACUGCGGCUCUCGGACUUCUUACUACGCUUCCUCGCAGAUCUCAAUGAGCUCGAAGGCCGACUCAUUCCGAGAUCCUCGUGCUUCUGACCCUGCUGACCGUCUCCGUUUGCUGGCUGUGCCUGGCUGCAGGGUGAACACCAAGGCCAUGCUACAGGAAGGCACCUUUGGGCGCGUGUACAAGGGGACUUACCGAAGUGAGGAGCGACCUGGGGUCAAGGAGGAUGAAGUGAUGAUCAAAACUGUUACUGACGUAGCCUCUCCGUUUCAAGUGGCCCUUUUGUUAGCCGAGGGCUCCAUGUUUUAUGGACUUCAGCACCAAAAUCUUCUUCCCAUCUUAGCCGUAGGUCUGCCCAAGCCCCGUGGACAUCCUAUGCUAGUCUAUCCGCUAAUGGGCCAUGGAAAUCUCAAAAGGUUUUUGCAAAACUGCCGUCUAAGGGGCAGCAACGGUGAUUUGCCGAGCAAAGAAGAGACACCACUAUCCACUGAUGAUGAAGAAGGUCAAAGUUCCUUGACGACCCAAGACCUGGUGCACAUGGCCCUGCAGGUGGUGCUCGCCCUCAUGUACCUUCACGGCCACAAACUUUCGCACAGAGACGUAGCCACUAGAAAUUGCGUUGUUGAUGAAAGACUGAGGGUGAAGGUGACUGACAGCGCACUGGCGAGGGACCUCUUCCCAGACGAUUACCACUGCCUUGGCGACAACGAGAACAGGCCUAUUAGGUGGAUGGCGGUCGAGUCGCUGUUGCACAGAAAGUUUUCCUCUGCGUCUGAUGUGUGGGCAUUUGGAGUACUUUUGUGGGAACUCGCAACAUUGGCCCAGCAACCUUAUGCUGAAAUCGACCCCUACGAAAUGGCAGAGUAUCUCAGAGAUGGAUACAGAUUGGUUCAGCCGGUGAAUUGCCCAGACGAGCUAUUUUCCGUGAUGGCGUGCUGCUGGUUGUCGUCCCCAGAAGAGAGACCCACAUUCCCUCAGUUACUCCCCUGCUUGCAAGCCUUCUACACAGCUUUAGGCAGAUAUGUGUAGCACCAUUAAUUUAAGCCAUCAAAUGUGAUUCUUAAUUUUUAAGGCUAAAAAAUUAAAACAAGAAUUUAGAAGAUUGUGGAACUUCAAGAAAGAGGAAACUUCUUUAGGUUUAAUACUUUUUUCAAUUUUUUUCAAUAUAAAUCAGCAUUUUUUCUGAUGAUUGACAGCAAGUUUUUUCCCAUUGGCUUUCUGUAUUUUAAAAUAUUACUUUUACAUAAAAACGUCAUAAUUUCUGUAACAUUCAAAAUAAUUAUCAUUGAAGCUUUAUAAUUUCUCUUUUGAAAUGUUCUCAUUUGGAUCGUAAUUGAAAGAGACACCAGGAAAAGUUCAAAGGAUUGCAAAUAAUAGUAAUGCUCCGAGCUCUCAUUGAUAAAAGGUCAAGGAAUGCUCUUGUUGUAAUUGAGAGAUACAGGGUGAACGAAGUUUUAUAAAUGUUUAGUGUAUUCAAAUAUAACCUUCAAAAUUAGAUGUUUAUGAAUGUUACGGGAAAAUGUAUGAAUGUUUUGGCCUCCUACUUAAAUAUUUUGUAGAAAUGGGCGUCAGCAAAUAAGGUACAGAAUAUUCUCAAUUAUUGUUACUCUGUUGAAAAAGAAGAAAAUAAUUCAUUCUUUCACUAUCCAUAUUCAACUGCAGAUUUUUAUGUGUUUGAAGCUAUUAUAAAAAAAAAAUCAUAAGAAAAUUGUCAGUUUCUGGCGUUUCUGAAUGUGAUGUGCUCUCUGGUGUUAAAAAUGAAACUAAAUAUAUUAUGAUUUUAGUUUUUGUUUAUUUUCAAUUUAUUGGAAAUUUCCUUGUGCACUCAUGAAAAAUGUGAAUUAAGAAUUUAUAAAAAAAAAAUAAAGGAGGAAUGCAAUAUGAAAAUUUAUUGUAUUAAAUAUGCAGAAAAAUUAUUUUC